AUGGAUUCUCUACAUGAUUGGAAGCAGCGACUGACUCCUCUCAAAGUUGACAUUGUCGGUGACUUUGCUGGGAAAGAGCUAUUCGCCAUCCAUGGAGAGUCCUUGGUUGCUCACUGUGUCGCGACUGCAAACGUCGAUUAUCUCGUCGGCUUUCAGCUACUUCAUGCUGUACAUGCAAUUGAGGUAUUCCUGGCCAAACUCAAGGAGCGGGGAUGCAACUUCCACAUCCUAUGGUUUGACAACCACCAAGACCUCGCGGCACCACCGGACGCCCCCAAGAGACUGGCAUACAAAUACCUAUUGACACGUGCUGUCGCUAUUGAAAAUCUACGAUGCCCUGGAAUACACCCUGAAAUGAAUUCUGACAAUCGCGGCAUCAGAUCUCCAAUGAGCUUUGUGUUCUCUUCCAUCACGAGCCCCGAAUUUUUGGAGUACACCGACCACCACCGCCUUCACUUCGUCAUGAUGUCCCAAGGCAGAGCAUCGGAUAUCGAUGCAACAAAGGGGGGCGAGUUCUUGAAAAUUAUGUACCUGCUGGGCCUCCGCGGCUACAGUCUGGCCUUCAUCGACGGUAUCGAGUUUCGGAGCUCCAAGGUGAGUCUCCAGGCGACUGGUCGCAACAGAUCACAGGGUGCUGACGUGACUCAGCCAACACCGCUGCCGAAACCCGAUUUCGGUUGCAGACCAAUUGUCGAUCGCCUCCAGACUAUGCCUAAGUCCCGUGAUUGGCGAGUCCUCCGACACGACGGCGAAGUUGAGGCCCAAGAAGAAGUGGCGAUCAUUGCUUGCGCAGCCUUCUUGUUGAACAAAACCUGCUCGUAUUUACAUAGCCACAGGCUAGUGGCCGCUUUCCUUUCGCACAUCGCCCUGCUGAAGCACGCAACGCUCUCACAGCGAGCUAUAGAGGCUCCACCAGAGCUGAACAAUCAUCCAGACAACGAAGAGUUUCUUGCGACUUUUGCUGAGGUCGCAAUCCACCUGAUCAAGCAGUGGCCCAGUCUAAAAGAAGGAAAACGCCUCAAUUGGAGAGUUUGUGAUCUCAUUGACGGUCGGCUCUACUGUCACGUAUUGGCGAGACUCCAAACCCUUCAACUCCCAAGCGAUGCCGCUUCUGAAUAUGCAUCAGCUAUGCGACAACUGUCUGGCGUCGAUAUAUCCUACUGCAUGCCAACUUCUGUUCGACAGAUUGUGGGUGGCCUGGGAACACUCACCAGGGGCUACCAAACUCCAGACACUCAGUCUACCCUUGCCUUUAGCCAUCCCGUAUUGGAUAAGUAUCUAGAAGACAUCAAGUUGACAAGCCAACCCAUGACAGAGGAUGAAAGCACCGAGUCAGAAGUCUUUCAAGAACUCUCUCACUGGCACAAUUCGAAGAAGAGCAUUGACCCAAAGCAUGUUCCAAAGCGCUGGGGAUUCUUUGCGAGGAAGAGAAACCAGAAAUACAUGGCCGACACGAUUGCUUACUCUGCUAGUCUUACCAAUUCUACUGGAAAGAGCAUUGACCCUGAGACAAUUGUCGUGAAGAAGACAGAGCUUCCCGUCAAGGCUAAGAAGCAAGCGGAAACAUUCAAAAGGAAAGGUCCAUCUGUCAGGACCAGGACUGCCGUGAUUAUCAAGAACUGGGAAGAGAAAUGCCGGGACUUUGACAAGGACACACAUGCCUGUCAUCGCUUUUUAAGGGUCAAGAGGUAUUUGUCAAAUCUUUCUCCAGAGGACAAGAGCGCUAUCGGCGGCGAGGUCAUGUUGUACAUGUGUAACAUCCUUGGCCUCCAACUUAUUCGCAGACCCUCGAAAAAGGCUUUCAGCGAAUCAGAGUCGAGUAUUUUGGCGAUGAUCUGGGCCCAAAUCAAAGAGAUGACGUCCUUGCCCCUUACCGUUGAGGUAAUACGCCAGGCCCAGUACUUGAUGAAGGCUUUGAAGAUCCCGCAUGAUGAACUUCACUGCGGGCCUUCUGUGCCCAUCAGCCAUCGUCUUCCAUUUACCUCAACGUAUGAGGUAUCAACCGAGCAUCUUCAAGUCCAGACGACUGGUCUCGAGUUCCAGUUGGCUCAUUGCGGCCCUUAUCUGGAGCGAAGCUUCGACUCCGCCCCCGACCCACGCGUUACAUUCAGUCCAGAUGCCUGGCAACGGGAUGUACUAGACGCCAUUGACGACGACAAGAGUCUGUUCGUCGUCGCUCCCACGUCCGCCGGAAAGACAUUCAUCUCGUUUUAUGCCAUGAAGAAGGUUCUACAGAGCAGUGACGACAACGUCCUCGUCUACGUGGCCCCGACCAAAGCCCUCGUCAACCAGAUUGCCGCAGAAGUUCAGGCUCGGUUCUCCAAGUCCUAUCGCCAUGAGGGCCGCUCAGUCUGGGCUAUUCACACUCGAGACUACCGCGUCAACAACCCUAAUGGCUGCCAGAUUUUAGUGACCGUUCCGCACAUUCUCCAGAUUAUGCUCCUGGCGCCGACCAAUGCGCAGAAUGAGAGGUCCUGGGCUCGUAGAGUCAAGAGAAUCAUCUUUGACGAGGUCCACUGUAUUGGCCAGGCCGAAGAUGGCAUCAUUUGGGAGCAACUAUUGCUUCUUGCUCCUUGUCCCAUCAUUGCUCUAUCUGCAACGGUAGGCAACCCACUCGAAUUCAAAGAGUGGCUUGCAGGAACCCAGAAAGCCAAGGGCUUUGAUCUUGAGAUGAUUAUCCACUCGGCCAGAUACUCUGACUUACGCAAGUUCUUAUAUCAGCCGCCCUCUGAACUGGAAUUCAAAGGCCUAGAGCCAGUGGAGCGUUUGCCGAUCCCCGGUUUGGAUGCUGAAACAGGAGAAACCUCGCGAUUCACACUUGUGCAUCCGGUCGGAAGCAUUAUCAACAAAAAUCGCGAGACUCUUGACAAUGCUAGUCUCGAGCCCCGCGACUGUCUCCGACUCUGGCUAUCCAUGAAGGAAUCUGAAACCGAGUCGUAUCGUAUCAGUCCUAGCCUCAAGCCCGAGAUUGCCUUGCCAGAGUUAGUAAAGAAGUCGGACAUUAUCAAGUGGGAAUCUGCUCUCAAAGCACAGCUCUGGCAAUGGCAACAGGAUCCAAAUUCGCCAUUGCCAGAGGUAUACAAAAGGCUCAAGACAAAGGGCCCUUCAUCAGCGACAGACUUUGGACAUCCCGAACUCGUCGCGGACAUCUACGGUAAUUCUUCGUUCUCGCUCCUCGUUGAUCUUCACUCCCGAGGCGCCCUGCCAGCUAUCCUUUUCAAUUACGACCGGCUGGGAUGUGAGAAGAUCAUUUUCAAGCUUCUUCAAGUCCUGGAAGACGCCGAACAAAAGUACCGCAGCACAAGUACAGAUUGGGCAAGAAAGAUGGCCGCAUAUCAAAAUUGGCGCCAAGUCAAGGGCAGCAAAGCUGCGAAGAAAAGGGCCAAAGCUACCACGACAGGGACUGCAAGCUCCAAAGAGGAGAGACGUGGUGCAAAGGAUUCUGGUGCAGCCCUGACUCAAGCUGAUCUGGUACGAGAAGACGCGAGCCGGGAUAUCAGCCCAUGGGAAGGUUUCGAUCCCAAGGCGCCACUUCCGCAAUAUAAUUUCGCAGAUACUACUAAGCUCACAGUUGAAGAACUGGAGGCCCGCAUCAGGUCUCUGGAUGAUUUGGGCAUCAAACCUCGCUUUAUCGAUGCUCUUCGUCGGGGACUUGGUGUUCACCAUGCUGGCAUGAACCGGCAGUACCGCCAAGUGGUGGAAAUGUUGUUUCGCAAGGGCUACUUGACGGUCGUUAUUGCGACCGGUACUCUCGCUCUCGGCCUGAACAUGCCUUGUAAAACUGUUGUUUUUGCAGGUGACUCGGCAUUCCUCACGGCUCUCAAUUACCGACAGGCAUCUGGACGUGCUGGACGUCGUGGGUUCGACCUCCUUGGUAACAUUGUCUUCCAUGGCAUCCCCCAUCAUCGUGCCAUGGAGAUAAUCUCAUCGCGGUUGCCCGAUCUCAGAGGUCAAUUCCCCAUUUCAGUUACUUUAGUUCUCCGGCUCUUUACCCUGCUGCAUAGCACGAAUAACUCCCAGUAUGCAAUCGAUGCAGUGGAGUCUUUGUUGACUCAGACACGUCUGUUUCUUGGUGGGCCUAGCUCGCAAAUGACCGUCAAGCAUCACCUGCGCUUCUCCAUCGAGUAUCUCCGACGUCAGCAACUUCUCUCUCGAAUAGGAGCACCACUCAACUUCUCGGGCCUGGUGGGCCACUUGUACUUCACUGAGAAUGCUGUAUUUGCUCUGCACUCCCUGCUCAAGGAAGGCUAUUUGCACAAGCUUUGUGAAGACGUUGGCAACUCAAGUAAGCGGGGAGAGGUCAUUCUCACUUUGGUGACGGUACUGUGCCACCUCUUCUGCCGAAUUCCUUGCAGCAAGUACAAAAACCGGGAGUGGCUUGAGAAUGUCGUACAUCGAUCGCCUUCCACUGUCCUUCUGCCCAGGCUCCCAACUGAGGCCGAAGCCGUUCUCCGAGGUCACAACGAGGAAACACUGAGAAUUUUCAAGACUUACGUGCACACGUUUAUUGAACAGAAUCUCCAGGACUCACCAGAUGACCAGCUUCCUUUCACCAAGCGCCGCGUGGGAGCCGUCGGAGAUGCCUCGCUUGAUAUCUCAACGGCACACCUUCCGAUACUGCCUCAUUCGACUCUCCGAUCACCUUUCUCUGCACUGUCAGGCUUUACAGACGACUUCGCCACAAUCCACGAGUUGUGCGACACAGUUCGCGCUGGCGUCUUCAUGGACGAAUUGGCCAUCCCGUACAUCCCCAUCUACCCCGAAGAGACGGACAAUGUGCCCUGGAACGCGUACAUCUAUGACUUCUUCAAGCACGGUGAUCUCGAUACUCUCGUACGAGACAAUGGGAUCAAGGGCGGCGAUGUCUGGUUUCGGCUUAAAGACUUCUCACUCAUCUUGGCAACCAUCGUCACAAGCUUGGAGAAUAUUCUGAACCGAGUCGAUACGGAUGGCGCAGACAUGAUCGCUAUUCAGGAUGUCGGCGAUGCCCUCGAAGAAGGAAGAUACAUUGAGGGAUCGGAUGCACAAUCCCCGGAGAGGCAUGCGGCCUCAAAUAUGUCUGUGAACGCAAAGGCAAAGUCCCAUUCUAGCAAAUCCAAAGAAACAGUGGCUGAAUCAUGGGAAGACCUAUUUGGUAGCUCCUCGGACGAUACUGACCACGCGAGUGGCAGCUCAAGCAGAGCCGGUCAGACUACCGAGUCAGAAGGAACGUCUUUCGGUUCAGGCCAGAAAAAGGGAGGCGGUGAGGGUCUUAUGAAAGUUCUCAUGACUUUCAAGAUCCUACAGCAGGUGUUCGAAGACAAGUUCAGGAAGGUAUGGGCAUGA